UUAUUCUUGUUUUGAGUUUGCUAGUAUGAUGGACGUCGAGCCAUCAUCAUCAUCGUCGUCCUCAGCGAUGCAGUCGUCGUCCGACUACAGCAGUGCCGCGAUCGCAGGCGCAGCAGAGCUCUUCAUUGCUGCCAACGGCCGCCACAUUGUGUGCCCAGGCGACACCAUCACGACCGAAACCAGCUUCAUGCGUGGCCACGGAACGUACUUCCAGCAGCAGAGCAAGGACGAGAACGAGCAGCCUGCACAGCUCACUGCGGCGUACGCGGGCAUUGUCGAGCGUGUCAACAAGCUGCUCGUCGUCCGGCCAUUGCGCACGCGGUACAGCGGCGAGGUCGGCGAUGUUGUUGUCGGCAGGGUCACUGGGCUUGGUGGCAAGCGGUGGAAGUUGGACAUUAAUGCGCGCCUCGAUGGCAUCUUGCUCCUGUCGUCGGUCAACUUGCCAGGAGGUGUUUUGAGGAGACGAUCUGCCGAGGACGAGUUGAUGAUGCGAGACCACCUCACUGAGGGCGACGUCAUUUCCGCUGAAGUGCAGUCUCUCUUUAGCGAUGGCACCCUCUCCCUUCACACGCGCUCGCUCAAGUACGGCAAGCUUCACUACGGAUCGUUCAUGAGCGUUCCAUCAGCGCUUAUCAAACGGUGCAAAAACCACUUUCACGAUCUGCCUUGCGGUGUGACCAUGAUUCUUGGCUUGAACGGAUACAUCUGGCUGUCCGAGACGCGGGCGACUGCGCAAAUGCAACUGAAUCCGAAUGACGAGAUUGAAGAGACCUCCUUCCAGAUUACCUCCAUUAACGCCCGAAGCAAUAUUGCGCGCAUUCGCAACUGCAUCAAUGCUUUGGCAUCGCGACACAUGCCCAUUUACGACUCGACUGUCGUCUAUGCUUACGACGCCUCGCUCGAGUUUGACGUCAAGGCCCUUUUGCAGCCCGAAGCCAUUGAUAAAAUUACAGCGCAUGCGCGGGCACUCGCUGAUCCCGGCGCCAUGUGAACAGUAGCGUUCGCUUUGGUUUUUAUAAGUUAUUGUUAACGCUCCUUUUUCUUCUAUUUUUGCUGUGGUUGGAGAACUCUCCUCUACAUUACCUUGUUAAUCAUCCUGUUAAUACAACUCAUAGUGCUUUCA